CGCUGACGUGUUCCGGCAGAGCGAUGACAUGCGCGCGAGAUGGUCGGCUCGAGAGUCCUGCGCGCGACCGCAACAUCACUACAUCACAGACGCGGAGCUGCGCGCGAGCGGCACAACAACAACAACAACAGCAACAACAGAGGCCAAGGCAGCUCGCAUCAGCACCAGCAAAACGCCCCCUUUUGUGCAUCUGCUGUGGCUCUUCUUCAGCAGUAUUCACUUCUUUUUUUUCUUCUUCUUCUUCUUCCUGCCUUCCUCCUGUGAUCUUCUGCUUCUGAAGUGACAUUCCUACCUUCCUUCCCAGGUGAAGCCAGUGGUGUUGGGUCGCUUGUUGGGAUUUGGAGCAUGUUUCUGAAACUCUGAUGCGAACUUGGCCCUUAACUUAAGACUGAGUCUGAACCAAACCCAUCUCUUGGCUUGAUGGGGCAAGAACGCAACAGAGCCGAGCUCAUGCUGAAAUAGAACUAGAACCAGAAGUGUAUCGAGUUAGAAAGACAAGACUUGGAAGACUUAUUCCUUUUCCUGAGAGGUUUACACGCACUUAAGGACAAAGGACUUUGUGCUUUCUGGUUUCUUGAACACAUCAAGCUGCUUUCUUUGCCUCGUUAACUUCAAGAGAGUGAUACUGGGCUCUCUCCAUGGAUAUAGACACAGACUAUGAAAGGCCUAAUGUGGAGACUAUAAAGUGUGUGGUGGUGGGUGAUAACGCGGUGGGCAAAACCCGCCUUAUUUGUGCUCGUGCCUGCAAUGCCACCCUCACGCAGUACCAGCUGCUCGCCACCCACGUGCCAACAGUGUGGGCCAUCGACCAAUACCGUGUGUGCCAGGAGGUGUUGGAAAGAUCUCGAGAUGUGGUGGAUGAAGUCAGCGUAUCUCUCAGGCUGUGGGACACAUUCGGAGACCAUCAUAAGGACAGACGCUUCGCUUAUGGAAGGUCUGACGUGGUGGUGCUCUGCUUCUCCUUGGCUAACCCGAACUCCCUCCGCCACGUCCGUACCAUGUGGUACCCCGAGAUUAAGCACUUCUGUCCACGCACCCCCAUCAUCCUGGUGGGCUGUCAGCUAGACCUCCGUUAUGCUGACUUGGACGCAGUGAACCGAGCCCGGAGGCCCUUAGCCAAACCUAUAAAACCCACUGAUAUCCUUCCACCAGAGCGAGGCCAUGAGGUGGCUAAAGAACUAGGGGUGCCCUACUACGAGACCAGCAUUGUCGCACAGUUUGGUGUCAAGGACGUCUUUGACAAUGCCAUCCGUGCAGCACUGAUUUCCCGUCGCCACCUCCAAUUCUGGAAGUCCCAUUUAAAGAAGGUCCAACGACCUCUUCUUCAGGCCCCCUUUUUGCCUCCCAGGCCCCCACGGCCUGUAGUAGGUAUCCCCGACCCCCCUCCCAUGGAUGGAGAACGCCCCGACUCUCUCUUCUGCCAGCCCUUAUGUGCAGACGUCCUGUUCCUUCUCCAAGGUGGUCCCACUCGUGUUUAUGCUCAUAAAGUGUACCUAGCCACUUCCUGUUCCAAGUUCUAUGACCUGUUCACCAUGGACCUAGGAUCGACGGAGGACGACAAGGAUGGAGACGAGACUUUGGAGGGUGGGGAGGAGGAGGAGCAAAGUCGAAGAGGAGCCAAGGAGCAGGCAGGACGUGCCAAGAGCCUUGACAUUGAUAAAGAAGGUGAUGGGGAGACCAAGGGUAGCAGGAGAUUGCUUUUUCUGGAGCAGGGCUCAAUGAGGACUUCCCAGAGUGAUAACGCCCUCCCAGCUAGGGGUCAAUACCCUGUGGGGUCCUUGGGGACUGGCCGCCCGCUUUCAGGAUGGGGUCGGGGGUUCCUUGGUGUGUACCUGGAAAGGGUGGAUGACCCCGUAACAGGUCGGCCAAGACUUAUGACAGUUGUGUCCAUGGAUGAACUCAUUCAGGAGGCACCUUUCAGAGCCGUGUUGCAGUACCUGUACACAGGUCACCUAGAUGAAGGCUGGAGUGACCUGAUGCAGGUGGCCACCAUCGCCGAGCUUCUGGAGGUCUUUGAUCUGCGCAUGAUGGUGGCCAACGUGCUGAACCGGGAGAGCUUCAUGAACCAGGAAAUCACCAAAGCCUUCCACGUGCGUCGGGCCAACCGAAUCAAAGAGUGCCUGAGUAAAGGCACCUUUGCUGAUGUGGUGUUCCAAUUGGACGAUGGCUACCUACCCGCUCACAAGCCUCUGCUUAUCUCCAGCUGCGACUGGAUGGCAGCCAUGUUCCGUGGGUCUUUCAUGGAGAGCUACAUUGAGGAGGUGUCCAUACCCAACACCAGUACUGCCUGUAUGAGAGCUGUGCUGGAGUAUCUGUACUGUGGCUUGCUCACACCCUGCCCUGAGUUGGAGCCCAUUGACCUCAUAAUACUAGCCAACCGUCUCUGCCUGCCCCGCCUUGUGGCUCUUACAGAGCAACAUGCGGUUGAAGAGCUCUUGCAGUGGGCAGUAAAAGGAGCGGACAUUGACGGACAGGUGCUGGCUUACCUAGAAAUGGCCCAGUUCCACAAUGCCAAACAGCUCUCUGCUUGGUGCCUCCAUCACAUUUGCACCAACUACAACAGUGUGUGUCGCAAGUUCCCCAAAGACAUGAAGACCAUGUCUCCAGAAAAUCAGAAGCACUUUGAGAAGCAGCGUUGGCCCCCCAUCUGGUUUCUCAAGGAAGAAGACCGCUACAACCGCUCAAAGAAAGAGCGUGAGCGUGAGGAAGAAAUCCUGCGCAAGCAGCACACCAAGCGUGGCUGGUGCUUCUGGAGACACCCGUCCUCCUCUGCACCACACAUCUCCUGAGGGUGCAUUCUUCUCUGGAACCCACCACUGCCCACACCCCAAACCCCUCACCUUGUCUCGGCCUCAAGACUCACAGCUGAGCCUGGGACGACCCAUGUCUAUGUCCAAUGUGUAUGUCCUGGCUGGUGGACAUUUUGUCUGGGGCUUCUUCGCCCCUGUUCUUCUGCCUUCCCUCGUCAAUCCAGGUUUAAUGCCAAGCCUGAGGCAAAAACCUGUGGCCCAUAAAAGAGUUCUUAGAUCGUCAACCGGAGGGGAGAGUUUCUCACUCUGUCUUGUGUUUCACUGUGUUAAGGUUGGAGGCCUCAUUUGAGAUACCACAUAGGGAAUGUCUUCAUGGCAGUGAUCUGCCUUCACAUUUUAAGACUGUUAUUCUCGCGCUACAACUGCAAACCCGCGCAUCCUCACUCACCCCACAGUACCAAGCCUAGGCGCUGGCGCCCAUACAUGCAUCAGGCGUGGUGCUGUUGUGAUGAGCUUCUCCUGUGAAUCCUAUUUCUGGGGAAAACAUCCAACAUAUAUGAGCUACAAAUACCUUGCACCUAGCACCUAAAACUGCGUCAGGGAUUUGUUAUUCUGUAACCCGCAAAGGUAAAUCCAGCUGAACUGUGGUACAUGCAUAUUGCCUCAGCAACGAAUAACCUUUGCCUAUUCUCUCGAUAAGAGAAAAGAUUGCUUUGGAUCUUCUGUAGCCCCCCCCCCCAGUAUAUUCUUAUAUAAAGAAUAUAGCUCUUUAUGCUAUAUUUUUCCAAUUUUCCACCGAGACACUAUUGAGGAAACUUCACUCAAGGCCCCUCAUUUAUCAACAUUUCUUACGAAGAAAUCUGUGCAGAAAUAGUGUUUACAAACUUAACUUUUCAAUGCAGAGUGUGGGAUUUAUCAAAACGAAUGUUUGCUUCGGUUCUUGUUCCUACUUUUGCAUGGGUGCACAAAACUGAUACUGAUUUAAAUUUGUGCCAUCAGUUGCAACUUAAAUUGGAGUGAAAAAUGAGCUGACCAAAUGCAAUACCUGUCCUGUCUGUUCAUAUACAAGUUCUUUCAAUCAUGAUUUUCGCCCACAGCCACGUUUCAGAGAAGCAGGGGAUAUAGCAGGUGUUUCCCAAACAUCACAAGGAGAACUAUUAAAUGGUACAGCUUAAUUAUUCGCUACGUUUAUGGAUUAAAAUCUCAGCCUCAGAAAGAAGUUUCGUUCCAAAGCUGAGAGUUUGAUUUACUUGUUGGUUCGUGAAAUUUGAAGUACCCUUUAAAGCGAUGAAUACAUACUAUAUAUGGUUAAUUGUGGCUGUGACUGUAUGCAAGCGAUCGAUGACGUGUACAUGCACAGCGGCUGUGAACAACUGGUAUUUAUUAAGCUUUAUAGCGCAUAUGAUACACAUAAUCACUGUUGACGAAUUCCAGUUUUACUGCGUAUAUGACACUGUUUAGAACCUUUUCUACGCAAUGUUGAUACAUGAGGGCCGAGAGUUUUUAUUGCUAGAACUUGCAAUGAGCAGAAACAGAACAGUAAAUAAACAUGGUGUGAUGCUUCACUCAUUAAACUAAGAAGGCUCUAAUAAAGCACCAAAGAGAUGAUUCUGGUGUGGGGGGAAAAAUAUAACAGUGACGUCUUUAAUGUAGGGCUAUUUCUACCACUGCCAUGGGAGUAUUACCAUUCUCGAAGGUCCGUUAGAUGAUUAGGCGUUUGUUCUGACAGCUAGCAAGAGUUUUGUUAUACUUGCAGUUACUUCUCCAAGCCACUAGAGGCAGUGUAGAUUUUUCAGUUUGUAUAGCUCUUUAGACCAAGGAAAUUAAUCCGGAAAUUUCCCUUUUUUUGUGGUUUCCCACUUUUAUAUAUACAUUUAACAAUUCACCGAAGGCGAAGUGAAUAUCGGUGAAUAAUAACUGAGAUGAAGUCGAGGUCAUUAUUUAAGUUAUUCCACGAAAUCGAGUCGUACAUGAGCUGAUAGCCGACAAGAUGCGUAGCACCGAGUCGGCUAUAAGCCACGCACGACGCGAUUGAGUAGAAUAACUGUUUUAUUCUAUCCACAUUCACUGGAUUUUGAGAAACCGAGCAUUUUUAUUUUUAUUUUUUGCAAAUUCGAAAAAUAAAACCUUUUUUUAUUUCUUACCAUCAAAUACUUUCAUUCCAUAUUUUGGGGGUUUUGUUUCCGAAUAGUUUUUAUUUCAUCCUCAGUUGGUUCAGCAACACGCUCUGGCAUUUUGUUUUUCCCGACUGACAGUAUAUGAGCUGAUAGCCUUGUAGUAGGGUAGCCAAUCAGAGUGCACGAUUGCUCAUAUCUAGUGAAUGUGGAUAGAAUAAUCACCAAUAUUCACUGAGCCUGAGGUGGAUAAUUGUUUUAGUAUAAAUACGCAGGAGAUUUAUUUAAAAAAAAAAAAUUUAAAUCGCGUUAAAUUAUUUCAAACUUCAAAAGCGGCAUGCAAACGUAUUAAAGGCGUGCGCAGAGUUGUCACUUAUCUACAGGGCUUUGAACCAGAAAUUUUUUUUUUCCUAUUGGUUCGUUCCGAACAGAAACGGAAUUUUAACGUUUCCGGUUUUGGGUUCCACCAUUAAAUAGACGUUCCCGAACCGGUUAGAACAAAAAAAUUUCGUUCCCGGAACGGUUAAUUAUGUUCCCUGUCAGCUGUUUAACAAAUGGCUAUAAAAUUAUGUCUCUGUCUCAUCCAGCUUAAGCCAAAUGUAGGCUAAUUCUAUUACAACCUUCAUUAAAUAAGAAGAAAUAAUUCAAAACAAUUAUUAUUUCAAAUGUUGGCGAUUUGGAUUCUCAGUAUGUCUUCCCAUCUACACAAACAGAAAAAGUGCCAAAAAUGAAAGAUAAUUCGUUUAGUGUGUUACCAAAGGCUAGUCAGGCCCUAUGCAUUGAUAGGCUAACAGAGGUUAACGUCAUUUAAUGUUCGCGAGCCUCUCAUUAACGUGGACAAAUAUAUUGAUAUCGUGUUUGAAAUUGACGUUUUUGAAUAACGAUCGACUGCAAUAGUUACCUCUUAUUUAAGAUGUGGAGACGUGAUAGUAGUCCACCCUCCCGCUCUCUCCAUUCAGUCAGCGAACGUCACACAGGAAGUGAACCCCAGCGGGUCAUAGAAACUUGCGCAGGAGAAGAAUGACUUUUUUAUUUGUAGGCUACGGAAACUUUGAGGAACGAAAUAAAAACCGGUAUUAACCGGUUACCAUUAUUUUUAAUAAGCGUUUCUGUUCCGGAACAUAAAAAAAUAAUAAAGUUUCUGGUUUCGUUUCUGUUCCAUGUGAAAUAGAAAAAGUUCCCGGUUUUCGUUUUCGUUCCUUGAACCGGUUCAAAGCCCUGCUUAUCUAUGCCGAGUCACAUAAAAUACUUUUUUGUUUUGAAAGAGAUAAAAUAAAUCACAAUUCCACCUUACCUUGGAAUAGUUUUAGACCAAACUUCGUAGCAUCUUUAGUGCUUUUAGGAACAUUUUGUAAUUCUUCCUCACUUACGGUGACAAAGUGAUUGGCCGCCAUUUUGCCAAGUCGCUCAAGGUGAUUAUCGAGAAAUAGUCCAAAUUUCUCGACCAAUCAGCGCGCGAUUUCCUAUAAUCACCUGCGUAUUUAUACUAAGUGUGUGUGAGAGAGAGUGAGCGUAACCUUUCAAGAUUUUUGUCCUGGAGUUUUAAAAUCUACUCAGUUGCAACAUGACCAAUAAUAAUGUUGGCGUGUUUUUUCCCUCCUCCUCUUUGCUAAGAACUAAGUGAUCGUCCCUCAGUCUAACCUGCUGUGUUCUACCUCUGCAGAAGUUUGAGAUUCAGUCUUUAUGGUGUUACGGUUUAUAUACACAAGCUUUAUAUCCUCACUUUCCAGUUCACACAAUGGAAAAUGGUGCUUGGAAUUACUAAAUAUCCCAGUGAUUAAUAUUCUUUUCUUACGGGAGUUUUUUUUUUUUUUCCUCUUGCUUAUGUAAUUACUUUGUGUGACAAUCCUAAACAAAAAAAAAAAUCUUGACUAUUUAGGAAAGUAAAGGUGUUGGCAUUCAUCUUCAAAAAGCUUUGAUUCAUUUGAAAGGCUUGUAGCAAAAAGGAAGAUGGGCUUUGUGGUAUUAUCGAUGUAUCCUACUGAUGUGGUAUUAAUGUGGUUACAUAGAUCAGCUCAGUAAUUAUAACCUCUCCACUUCUGUCCUGACAUUAAGUAUUCAGUAUUUCUCAAACACAUUGUGCUGUUGUGUGUAUGUGGUGAUCCUGGGUGCCCUGUGCCUGUUACAGUGCGUAGACGUCAGUGUUAUUUAGGUGUUUGUUUGCUUGGGCUGAGGUGAAGGAGGUGAUGUCGUCUGAAAGCUCAGUUUCACAUGAGUGCUAUUUUUGUAAAUGUUAAAACAGAAAAAUGUUAAACUUUUUUUUUUUUUUUUUUGGUAGCACCUUCCGCUAUUUCUGGCUUUCGUAUUUUUUUUUUUUUUCACCUCGGUGAGGCUGCACAAGGUGCCGGCGGUAGCUAGCUGGAGACGUGGUGUGGAAAGACUUUUUCUCACUAGAGACAUGUUCAAAUAAUCAACAGCUACUGAAAUAGAUAUGCGAGAGAAUCUCAACGGGCCCAUGUGUGAAUGAAGCUGAUCUUUUGGAAGGAAGAUUUUAACACAAGGAGGGGUCCUUUUGUGCGAGAUCUUUGAGGGUGAUUUUUAUAUCAUUUUUAAAACUAGCAAUUUGUUAUCGAAAAUGAACCAGUGUUCAGCAAAAUAAUCUGCCAGUUAAUACCAGUUUACAAUUGCUCUGCAAAAUGACUGUCUCCGUACUAAGCACUUCAGUCGUAACCAGUUCUCGCAGAUGAAUCAGUCGUGUUUACCUCUUGUACAGUGUAUUUCUGGUCUUGAAGGUGGAACGCUGUGUUGCCUUGGUGAUUUUUGGGGCAUUUUUUUUUUCUUCUUCUUCCCUGACACAUUUUCUGUCUGGAUCUGUUGUGCAUGACUGACUGUUCCUAAACUCCAGCAUUUAAAGACAUAUAUAUAAAAUUUUUUGUAGCAUGGUAAAUUUUCUUCCACGAAUGUUUUUAGCUCCGUGUAGUUUGUCCGUGAACGCAAUGAUGUCUUUGUAUAUUACCUGUGUGCUUUAUUCUGAUUGCCUUUGCUAAGUUCGGGUUUUAAAGGAAAAGGCAACUUUUGUACAAAAUCACCACAAAUAGAUAGAUAAAUAUAUAAAGUAAUCGAUCAUGGAAUUUAUAGAGAAAGAACAGACUGCAUAACAGUAUCUUUUAACUUUUAAUAAUAUGGGCUUGCGCUGAGCUCAGCGAAGAUGCGUUCCGCCAUAUUGAUCUACUGCGUGACGUCAUGCGGCCCACCACUGAAAAGAACUCUUCAGUGCUUCAUGGUAAUAUGCCGCUUUUCCACUACCAACGCGGCUGAGCCGUGCCGUGCUGAGUUGGGCUGAGUCGAGCUGAGCGGGGCUGUUGGAGUUGCAUUUCGACUACAACCGCGCUGAACCGUGCUGGCUGGAAGUGGGUGGACACAUUGGGUGGAGUUAGCGAAAGUGGGUGGAAGUCACGUGAUGUCGUUAGGCAGCGCAAACAAUGACAUCAAUGACCUUUUAAGCGGAUAAUAAACAUGGAGUCGUUAGUGUUGCUGGUCUUGGUGCUGUGGCUUGUUGUCACCGACAACGCCAACAGAUACUGGCAAGAACGUAUAGAUGAGGCGAGGCGCAUAAGGCUUCAGAAAUUCUCGUAAUUCGUAAUUCUUCUUCUUCCGGGUUUACGGUGUUUACAGAUCCCAGCGUGCUCGCGGGGCGUGUGUGGGCAUGUGAGGUCACUCCUCCUCACCAAUCAGUGCACAGGGGAGUGUCUGCUCACACCCCUAGCCUCACUCAGCUCGGUUUGGCUCGCUUCAGCCCCACUCCAAAACCGUGCGAGUUUUGGGUGCUAAGCAGGGCUGAAGCGAGCUGAGUCGCGCCGCUUUGAGGUAGUCGAAACGCGAGCCGUGUCAGGCUGAAGCGAGCUGAAAAAGGGUAAUGGAGGGCUCCGAGAUGAGGUUAAAAAUAGUAACACUGUGCGUGCGCGGCCAUCUUGGAAGUCACACGCUCCAGAGCGCUCAUAGAGUACACAUCAUAGAGUACACAUUCACCGAUUCGUUUCCGCGUUAGAGGGCUUAAAAGCUUGGAUUUUUUUAAAAGAAUUUAGACAUCUGAAGUGAUGGAGCACUACUGUGAAAGUUUGGAUAAGCAGGCACGGGAGCGUUAUGCUGAGAAGGUACGUUUCAUUGGGAAUGUAGAUCCAUACACUGUCAGUGAGAAGGAAUGGAAAGCUGACCCCAGCUUGUUGCUGCAUUUAACAUACAUGGAUCUUGUGAACUAUCUAGUGUUUCACCCAAGUCCAUUUUGUGAACUAAAGGAUUUCCAGAACUACAAGAGCAUGGAAGCAUACGAUAGAUUUGUGUCCGGUUGGAUCCGCGAUGUGUCGGUGUUUACUGCUGAAGACGGAGAGACAAAAGUGAUCAGAGGGAAAGUGUUACACUCGCAGAGACUAUCCCAGCCUAGUCUACACCCCUGGAUAACAGUUGACAAGAGACAUGCUAUUUUGUGUGCACAUUGCAACUGCAUUGCUGGACUUGGGGAAUGUUGCUCCCAUGUUGCUUCCCUGUUGUUUUAUGUUGAAGCGGCCACGAGACUGAGGGAAAGGACGACGGUCACACAACAGCCGGCAUACUGGAUGCUACCGGUAACUAUGAAAUUAAAAUAACUAUUUUAGUAACUAUGAAAUUCAAGACAAUAUUAACCUACCUGUCACAAAGUGAUCAGAACAAAUCCGGAUACAGUCAAGUUGUCCUAAAUUUGAUCGGUUGAUGGCAGCCAGCCACUGUCGUCUCCUCCGCUCGCUUUUCUCCUGUGCUGCAAUUCCCUGGUUAGUCACGACUUUAGGGAGUCUGUGGAAGCUUUUGCCACCCUUUUCCCCUCGGUUACUACAGCCAACAAUGACGCACGUAUUCGGCAUUGUCACCCCUUUUUGCUUCGCUGAACAACAACAAUGCACUGACACAGCGCGCUUUGACUUCCAAUAUGGCCGCCGCCGGGUGCGCGCUGACCUCAGAGCACUCUAUAAGGUAAAAAACCAGUACAAUCGCUUCUUCAAAGUUUCACCAAAUGGUUUUAUUUAUGCAACUUAAAGCUCAUAAUACUGUAUAACUUUGGUUGAGCAAAAACAUGGCUGAAUCCUGAAUGACUCCUAUUUGGAUUUGUCCUACCAAGCCUACUGCGCAUGCGUGAAGCGGCUCGGCUCGGUUUUCCCUUUCGGGCGCUCUCGUUUUCUGUCGGAAUUUGGUAAAGAAAAAAAUAAAUAAAUAUUAUUUACCAGCUUACUGGGUUCAUGAGCAUAAAUCUGACAGCUGACAAGGUCGGGAUAUAAACGAAUCGAAUACAAGCCACCCGCCGGGACUCCUAAUCACAGUGAUCUGCUUGUUUUUUUUUUUUUUUUUUAUAUUGGAUAGGACAGUGUAGAGACAGGACAGGAAAUGAGUGGGAGAGAGAGACGGGGAGGGAUCGGGAAAUGACCUCGGGUCCCCGGAUUUAUGGUAUGGCGCCUUAGCCACCUGAGCCACGACGCCCCCCAGUGAUCUGCUUGUAAACACUGUUUUCAUGGGCCCAGUGACGUCACAGAUCAGAGGGAGGCGCAUUAACGAAAGAUUCUGAUUGGUUUAUAGUUGCCCACAAUCUCAAAAUGGCUGCCUCCUCCAACUUCGGCUCAUCUGCGUCAAUUCAUGAUUUCAAAGUUAAAAAUAUUUUUUCAUGUUCGAUAUAUAAUGGAAAUAAUUAACGGAAUUGAUUACGUAUAUGUUUUUCUCCUAUCACACACCUGGUUUUGUACAAAAGUUGCCUUUUCCUUUAAGAACAGACGGUGGGGGGUGACGCGUUUCUGUAGUUUGGGACUGUUUUGUGGAUCUCUGUAUGAGUAUUAUUCGAAAAGUUAUUAUGGCUUAGGUAACGUUUUGAGACCUGAUCGCACUAACAAUGGAUAAGCCCUUAUUAACUAACAGUGUAACAGCCUAUGCACUUUAGUCUAAAUUGAAUGAAGAACUAAACAGCUAAACUUUUUUUUUUUUUAUUUCCUUUCCCUGAUUUUGUAGUGAUUGCCUUGAAUUUUACAUGGUGAGUGAUGCACGUUUACAGGAAAUGUGCAUGAAGAAUGGUCUCUUGGACGUGAUUUGCAUGCAUUCAUGCGUACAUUUGUAUUAAGAAUCAGGUGUGCACUUUGUCAUUAGUUUAUUCUCCGAUACGAGUCCAUAUACAUAAUGUGUGUUGCAUUUAGAGGAAACUCUAAUGACCGUUUUAUAUACAGUUUUUAAAAGGUUUAUCGUGUCCUUGCUCAAAAAAAAAAAAUUUCCCCCCCACAGAGGUUGCAAUAGUAAUGAUUCAUAGGGCUCGGUGGUGUUGUAUCCUGGCAGUACCUGUGCCUUUGAUAUUAUUAUUAUUAUUAUUAUUAUUAUUAUUAAUAAUUUUUUUUUAAAGAAAAAAAAAUAGUGUUGCCUUUCUGAAGAGGGCCUCUUACUACUGCCUUUAGAUGUUGACUAAUUGUAAGAAAACCACGUGUGCACACGCAUAAACACACACAGGCACCUUGCCAGGCAGCUGACCACCGCAUUCCUCCUCCUCUUCCUCUUACUGUCAGUGCCUGUGGACGUUAUGUAGCACAGCUUGCUGUUCUCGGACCUGUCCUUAUGCUGCACCCUUUUCAUUGCUUUUCUUGCAUAAAAUAUUUCCAGCGCUCGUCGUUUUGCUGAGCCAAGUGGAACUCCAUGCUUUGGGUUCGAUGUGAUCAUGCUGGUCCGGCUGAGAGAGAGCACGUACAGUACCGUACAGCCUACGGGAUUCGUCGUAGUUGGACACUCAUGCCCUCUACAGAAGCAAAAUGGGGAACUAUUGAAUGCAGCUUAUUACGCAGCACCCGUUUUCUGGUGUGAUAGAAAGACUUCUGCAUUCUAAGGGCUGCACAUGCUUCUUCCAGCGCUGCUGUUUCCUUUCUGAUUCAGCAUCCGUUUCUCCAAAUUGUUCACGAUUCUUCCUUCCAAAUAUGAUUUUCCUCAUUUUCUGUACCUCACACUUUGUAUACGUACCUCUUCAUAAUUAUGAUGAUUUUGAUUAAUUGCAGACUUUGGUCUUUGGGUAAAACCUACUCGUGUAUUUUCCAGGCAGUGAAUUCAUAACAGAGUAUUACGUGUUUGUGGUUUAGAUGCUUUAUGCAUUUUCUUUUCAUGCAUCUUAUCUUAUACAAACUGCUGUGGGGAAUAACAAUAUGCAAAGGGGUUAAUAUUAUCAUAACUUUUGAUUAUACAGCUCUCAUCUCACUUUCAGUGGAAGUGGCCUUCUUUAAACUAACAUGCCAAUUCUAACACGAGCGGUCUCGUCAGUUUUACGUGCAGCGCGGAGCGGAUCUCCGUCUCAAGGCCACCUCGACGGUGGAGAGCGGUCCAGUCAGCUACUGAGUAAAAGCUGAGGACGAUUCUUCCUAUUGUUUCGUUCCAUUUAUAUUAUUGUGUGACUAUUAUACCAUUAAGCAGUUUGUGUUAAUCGUGUUAAUAUGUUUUGAAAAUUGCUGUUGAUGUAACAAGACAAGAGAGAGCACACACAACACACCUAUAAGGGCUUUUUUUAAAAACCACAAGAAAAAAGAAUUAAUGAAAGAAAGAAAGGCAACAGUCGGAAUGUUUUGCAGAUGCUGCAAAAAUGUUUUAAUGAAACCUUUGUAAUACUUUUUUUGAACCACUGUGAUUUGUACAAAAUGGAACAAAUAUGUAGGGGCAAUGCCGUUUCAGUAUUCUAAUGUUUAACUGGGCUUUUAAUAAACUUUAAGUGGAUUAUUUGA